CUCCCGCGGCUGCAGGCGCGCGGCGAGAGUGCCUGGCGGGCUCCCGCUUCCGCGUCCGCCCCGGCCCCGGCCCCGGCCCCCGCUCCGGCCUCAGCACCGUGCCCCGCUCCGCCGCGGCCCACCGAGCCCCGCGGGCCGCCGAGCCGCCAGCGCCGGCCGCCGAGCUCCGUGCGCCCGGGCGGGGGGCCAUGCCGUGCCGGAGGGAGGAGGAAGAGGAAGCCGGCGAGGAAGCGGAGGGGGAGGCGGAGGAGGAGGACGACGACGACAGCUUCCUCCUGCUGGAGCAGUCGGUGACGCUGGGCGGCUCGGGCGAGGUGGACCUGCUGGUGGCCCAGAUCGGCGAGACGCUGCAGCUGGACGCGGCGCAGGACAGCCCGGCCUCCCCGUGCGCGCCCCCGGGGCCGCCGCUGCAGCCCCCGCGGCCCCCGGCGGCCGUGCGGGCGGACAAGGCCCGGCCCCCGGCGCUGCCGCUGCUUCUGCCGCCCGCGCCGGCCGAGGCUGUGGGCCCGGCGCCCCCGGGGGCCCUGCGCUGCGCCCUCGGGGACCGCGGCCGCGUGCGGGGCCGGGCUGCGCCCUACUUUGUGGCCGAGCUCGCCGCAGGCCCCAGCGCGCUGCCCGGGCCAUGCCGGCGAGGUUGGCUGCGGGGCGCUGCCGCCUCCCGCCGCCUGCAACAGCGACGCGGGACCCAGCCCGAAUCCCGCACCGGCGACGACGAUCCGCACCGGCUCCUGCAGCAGCUGGUGCUCUCGGGGAACCUCAUCAAGGAGGCGGUGCGGAGACUACAUUCGCGACGGCUGCAGUUACACGCAAAGCUUCCCCAGCGCCGGCUCCCGGGGCCUCUGUCGGCCCCAGUGCAUGAGCCUCCUUCGCCCCGCAGCCCUCGCGCGGCCUGCAGCGACCCCGGUGCGUCCGGGAGGAGCGCGCAGCUCAGAACUGGCGAUGGCGUUCUGGUACCUGGCAGCUAACACCCCGGAGUGGCCACAGCGCCAGCCUCUGCCUGGAGGGCAAGGGAUUCCUCUGACGGCUGUAUCCCUAUUCAGGCUGGUGAACUCGCGCAGUUGGAAACGGGGAAAAUAAGCUAAUGCAGACGAGGAAUGGAAAACCGCGAAUAUUUCCUCGGGGAAUUGAUGGAGGGCCCCAAUGUGUUUGAAACAGAACUUGGCUGGCCCUGUUGUGAGGCAGAUUACAGAGCGCACUCCAAGCUCACGUUCAGGAGGACUCCUUAUUUGGCGUGACCAGCCCGGACGCUGCAGCUUGCAGCCCCACGCAGCCUCUCUGGGCCCUCCGGCCCGGCGACCACGUGGCCACCCUCCACGCUUCUCAGGAUCGCCGAGCGUCUCAAAGACGAGGAUGAUCCCAGUUACUUUUACCUUUUCAGGGCUGGUUCCUGAUCCACUCUGGGGGAGGGGAACAUGAGUAGACGGUCAUUUCAGGGAGAACCUCAAACUGCCAGACUUGAAAAUUUGUGACUCUUAAAAAAAACGCAUCUCAUGUCUUUCGGGUGCUGGUUCUUAAUACAAAACACGCGGUACCGUGAAAGGACCUUCUUGGGAAGUGAAUAGGAGUAACGUUUUCUCUGUCCCCCGUUUUGCAACUGGCUGCGGUUCUCGGCGUGGCAGGGAAAGGUGGUGUGCGAGACCCGGACGGGAGGAGGGGGCGGGCGGUGCUGGGGAAAGGGUAAGCUGGGAAGUGGAGUGAACCCUCCUUCCUCUCUAAAAUACUUUCACAGCCGGGCCUCUCCUCCUCGGGUUCAAGGUCACGGUUUCCUGAGCGCAGGCAGGGUUCCGGGGCUCCAGUAGAGCAGAAGAGUUGCCGGGUUCUGCCUGUACUCGGGAGAAGAGCUCGGUGUUUUGCAAGUACUGGAGUCUCCUAAGGACACGCGCACCGCGGCCACCGCGGGUAUGGGGAGGCGGGGACGUGACGGGCGCCGGUGACUUCUGCGGGCGGCCGCGCCCUGGGCUCUCACAGAAACUGCCAGAGUCUUAGCCUCGGGUCCCCGCACUCCCCCUCGGCUCUACUGUUCUACUCCAAGCGAGUGGCGCUGGUGCUCCUCGGGGCCAGGGCUGGGGGCUGGGGAGACGCCACGUGACGUGCACUCCGGGGACACAGCCUCGCACAGCAGCUUAUAAUGGACUCUCCGGGGCCAUUUGCAAUAACAGCUGCAAUUCCCUGGAUAGACGGAGUUGAUUUCCUCCCUCUGCCCCUCCCCCAGCCAUGCCAGCUCGCCUUUGUAAGUGAAGGAAACCGAGUAGAAAAUGUGACCCUCCAAAUGGAGAAGCUGCAGGCUUUGCCAUUGUGAAUAGUGGUAAAGUGCUUUAACAUACUGUUCACUUACUCUGAGGGAUCUAAAACCGUUUCGUUGGUGUUAUAGUUUUAUAAGAUUCAAUGGCUUGUUCAUCAUCCAGAUGUGGCUAUUGACAUAUCUACGCUUCGCACCGGAGUGUCGGGAAUUGUGGCUAUCCUGAUUGUAGGAUUUUAACUUAACUGAAAUACUUGUUUUUAAUAAAUGCGUUGAGUUGA